AUGGUCCACCAUACCAUCGAGGUGUCUGGCGAGGCCAAUCCGCUCAGCCCGCAAAAUGUCCUCCAUGCCCUGGUGCUUGCAGCAAGUACCGCCCAGCAGCAGGUGCAGACGGGCACCCAGCAGCUUCAGAACUGGGAAAAACAGCCCAUGUACUACUCUUUUCUCCAGGAUGUCUUUCUCGAUCACUCCGUGCCCAACGAAGUCCGAUAUCUCGCGAUCAUUCAGCUGAAGAAUGGGAUUGACAAAUACUGGCGCAAGACGGCGGCAAAUGCUAUCAAAAAAGAGGAAAAGGAGAAGAUCAAGACGCGGGCACUCGAAGCGGGAAUGGUUGAACCGGCCUCGCUGCUCGCCCUUCACAAUUCGUUGAUGAUUGCGAAGAUUAUGCGUUACGAAUUCCCUCAUGACUGGUAUGACAUCGAAUAUAUCGAAAUAUUUCAUGUGCUGGGAAGCAUCUACGUCGACAAAGUCAAUCAAUGGACCGCGAUCAUGGAACAAGGCGGCGUGGGUGAAAGCGUGUUGAUCGACGCAAUUGAACAGAGCCUGGUGUCUCUCAAGGUUAUUCGGCGACUGGUUAUUUCUGGCUAUGAACACCCGAGUCGAAACCAAGAAGUCAGGGACUUUUGGGUGCUUACCCAUUCACACUUCAGCAAAUUCCUCUCCUUCGUCGGAGUCGAGAAGCAUCUCUUGCAGAUGUCAAAGCUGCACGUCGAGAUGGCCAAAACCCACCCCGCAUCAUUUGCUCUAUUGCCAGACAGCAUUCCACUUGUGAAAUCAUACUGGACAUUGGUUAUCAAGCUUGGUGAUAAGUACGACAGUCUCGGGGCCGACAGCGAAUCUGACGGAAAGUCCUUGGUGGAAAAGACGGGUCUCCGAGCUCUGCUCUUGAUUCGAGCGUGUGCAAAAAUGGCUUUCAACCCGGCCCAGACGUUCAAGUACCAGACACCACAGGACAAGGAAGAGCGAAAGCAGGCCGUGGAGUUGAUCAAGUCACAACUUUUCACGCAAGACUUUGUGGUUAACGUCAUGGAACUUCUCGUCACCAAGUUCUUUCGAUUCCGUAAUAUCGACUUCCAAGAAUGGGAGGAGGAGCCUGAAGAGUGGGAGAAACGAGAGGACGAAAUUUCCGAUGCCUGGGAAUUUUCUAUCCGCUCCUGCUCGGAGAAACUUUUCCUUGAUCUGGUGAUCCAUUUCAGGGAUCUUCUCAUUCCACGACUGCUGAGCGUGUUCUAUAACUUUGCCAGUGAGUUUUGUUUUUGUUACAAACCGGCACGCCAAAUUCUGAUGAUCAUUCUAGGUCCCGAAAACCGCGACGUGCUGCUGAAAGAUUCAUUAUAUUCUGCGAUCGGCCUGGCCUCGGCCAGUCUGGAACAGCACCUGGACUUCAAUGCUUUCCUGGAGCAAACGAUGGUCCCCGAAGUCCAAAUUCAAGACCAAGAGUAUAAAGUAAUUCGACGGAGAGUUGCCAUCGUUCUCGGCCAGUGGGUUCCAGUGAAGCCAGGUGAGGUGAACAGGAACGCCAUCUACCAGAUCUUCCAACACCUCCUCAACAAACAGGAUCCCUUGAACGACCUUGUGGUUCGGAUUACUGCCGGAAGACAGCUACGCAAUGUUCUCGAUCCCUACGAAUUCUCUCCGACGGAAUUCAUGCCGUUUGCGCCCACCAUUCUUGAAAACCUCAUGGCUCUCGUUCAAGAGGUUGAGAGCACAGAUACAAAGAUGGGCUUGUUGGAAACGGUGCGCGUUGCAGUCGUGAAGCUCGAGGAUCAUGUAUGCCCUCCUCCCCUGCUGAGCAUCAAGCAUUUUUUUAACAUCAUCCAGAUCGCUCCAUUUUCCGAUCAGAUUCUCUCGUUGCUGCCACCCCUCUGGGAGAGCUCUGGCGAGGAACAUUUGAUGAAGCAGGCUAUUCUCACCCUUCUCUCGUCCUUGAUACGCGCGAUGAAGCAGGAGUCUGUGAGAUACCAUUCAAUUAUUAUUCCUCUCAUUCAAAGCUCCGUCGAGCCGGGAUCGGAGACUCUCGUAUACCUACUGGAUGAGGCAUUGGACCUCUGGUCCGCCAUUGUCGCGCAGACCCCAGCACCGGCCUCUCCAGAGAUCAUCUCUCUCCUCCCAGCUCUCUUUCCGAUUCUCGAACAUGCAACCGACAGUGCCCCUCAAGCACUGCAGAUCAUUGAAUCUUACAUCCUCCUGGCACCCCAAGAAGUGCUCAGCGACCGCACUCGAUUCCACCUCCUAGCAUCCCUCGAAGCACUCCUGAAAUCAACCACAAAACAACGACUCGGCGUCGUACCGCGCCUAGUCGAAAUGAUGAUCCGUGGCGCAGAGACCGUCGAUGGCGGCAGUGAAGCUACCUACAGCGUGAUCUCACACUCACUCGUCAACAGCUCAUUUCUCUCUUCUCUGCUAGAGGGCCUGCAUUCCGCCUACGAAGCCAGCCAAACUACGGGCCCGCACCGCAAAACCUCAUCAGUAGUCGGCAUCGUCGAAACAGACUACUUCUCUGUCCUGGCGCGUCUGGGACUUGCCAACCCCUCCAUUUUCGCAUCUGCUAUCGCGACAGCUACCAACUCGUCCCAGGAACAGACCCUCUCCUGGCUUCUUACCGAGUGGUUCCUGCAUUACGACAAUAUCGGCAGCGUCACCCAGAAGAAACUGCACGCUCUUGCACUUACCCAGCUCCUUGCCCUUCAAGAUCCCCCAUCGGCCACGGGUCCUCCCCCGCCCUAUAUCCUGGCUCAUCUGCAGUCCUACAUGACUAUCUGGACAGAUAUCAUCCUCGAGCUGUCAGAGGGCGGUACAGAUAGCAAUGCCGAUUACCUCGUCUGCUGGAAUGCCCCUCCAGGGUCCGCCCACGCUCCUCCCGACAACCAGGCCUCCGAUGAGCCGGAGUCCCCCGAGGCCCGUCGUCGUCGCGACUGGGACUCCGCGGACGUGGUCCACCGCUUUGCCAUCCGCGAUUUCGUUCGCCACCGGCUCCAAGAACUGAUUGUCUCCUGUGGUGGUGCUGAUCGGUUCCAGGAGGAGUGGUUGGUUAAUGUUGAUCGCGAGGUGGUGUCGGCUUUUGGGGCGCUGGGUUUGCUUUGA